AUGGUCACAACAGUACCUACCUCGCUUCUUACAGCACUGAACUGUCGAGGCAACAUCCAUCUCGUUAUUGGUACAAACCCUCUCGCAGCAACUCGAUGUGGCCAGUCUCUAGGCUCUGGCGCACAGCCAAUUCUUAUUGCCCCCGAAGGCGCUGAGCUUCACUAUGCUCUACAGAAGAGAAUAGACGAUGGCAGUGUUCAAUGGCAUAAGAAGCAAUUCGAGGAUGCCGAUUUGCUGCGGCUUGGUCGCGAGGAAGUGGAUGGCGUUGUGGACGCUGUCUUUGUAACUUCAGCACCACGAGACCCUCAAAGUAUUCACAUAUCCGAACUCUGCAAACGAAACCGCAUUCCCGUAAAUGUCGUCGACGCUCCUCACCUUUGCACAUUCUCCCUCCUCUCGACGCAUACCGAUGGCCCCCUCCAAAUAGGCGUUACUACGAACGGUCGCGGUUGUAAGCUAGCCUCGCGUAUUCGUCGUGAUAUUGCCGCUUCACUACCAGUCAACCUUGGUGUUGCUUGUACACGCCUUGGAGAUAUUCGUCGCCGCAUUCAUGAGGAGGACGCUCUCGUCGCCCAAGACGACCCAGCCUCUCCCGAUGACUCUUUCGACCAAGACGCACACUUCAACCGCUUAAUCACAGAAGAGGAUGCUAAGAACAGGAGAGUGCGCUGGCUUAGCCAGGUCUGUGAAUAUUGGCCUCUUAAGCGUCUGGCCGCUAUCACAGACAACGAUGUGGAGUCGGUUCUCAAGUCAUACCCCGGCAACGGUCCUGAUAUCAAGCGUGAUCUAGGUACUCCCGAGAAGCGCAUGGGUACGAUUAUCUUGGCUGGCAGCGGACCUGGGCAUCCGGAUCUUCUUACUCAAGCAACACACAAAGCCAUAAAGUCUGCCGAUCUUAUCCUAGCGGACAAGCUUGUGCCUUCUGGUGUUUUGGAUCUUAUUCCCCGCCGUACCCCUGUUCAUAUUGCUCGCAAAUUCCCUGGCAACGCCGACCGCGCUCAAGAAGAGCUUCUUGAGAUGGCUCUUGCUGGAGUCCAAGAGGGCAAGACUGUAUUGCGCCUGAAGCAAGGAGACCCUUAUGUGUAUGGACGUGGUGGCGAGGAGGUCGCCUACUUUCGUCAGCAUGGCUUUGGAGAACGGGUGUCUGUUCUUCCCGGCGUGACCAGUGCUUUGAGUGCACCGCUAUUCGCCGCCAUCCCCCCUACACAGCGUGAUAUCGCCGACCAAAUUCUUAUCUGUACCGGUACAGGUAAGAAAGGCAAGGCUCCUUCACCACCCGAAUUUGUACCCAGCCGCACUGUGGUAUUCCUCAUGGCUCUGCAUCGUAUCAACGGCCUGGUUCGUGAACUCACCACACACAUUGAACUUGAGCCCCUGGCUCCGGCCAACGAAGGGGUUGCUUCGGCACAACUGCCGCCCCCUCCAGAGCCCACCCAAGUCUCUACUGUAACAGGCGAGAGCAAGCGGGUACUAUGGCCACGAAAUACGCCUUGCGCUGUCAUCGAACGCGCCAGUUGCCCUGACCAGCGAGUUAUUCGAACAACACUUGAGCAUGUUUCCGAGGCUAUCGAGACGGAGGGUAGCCGGCCCCCAGGUCUACUGGUAGUUGGUCGUUCUUGCGAAACCCUAUUUACUCCUGAGAAGGGCCGAGCUUGGGUUGUCGAGGAGGGUUUUAGGGGAAUGGAGGUUGAAGAUUUCACAGUUGGUCUGGAAGCGCUGCAAGUAUGA